AUGGGUAUCUCACGAGAUUCCCGCCACAAGCGUUCAGCCACUGGUGCGAAAAGAUCUCACUACCGCAAGAAGAGAGCUUUCGAAAAAGGUCGCCAACCCGCCAACACCCGUAUUGGACCUAAGAGAAUCCAUCUCGUCCGCACCCGUGGUGGAAACCAGAAAUUCCGUGGUCUCCGUCUUGAAUCUGGGAAUUUCUCAUGGGGCUCAGAGGGCAUUGCUCGCAAGGUCCGGGUCAUUGUUGUCGAAAAGAAGCAAGCGGCACGAUUCGCCGCCCAAGGAAAGGUCGAGCCAGCACUUGAGAAACAAUUCGAGGCCGGUCGGUUGUAUGCUGUGGUUUCCUCGCGGCCUGGCCAGAGUGGCCGUGUCGAUGGUUAUAUCCUGGAAGGAGAAGAGCUAGCCUUUUACCAGCGUGCGAUCAGGAAGUAG